AUGAGAGGGAUCUUCGAGUCGGGCGAUGAAGAACUGGUGGAUGCGUUCAAACAGGCGGUCGAUCGGGUGAACAACGACCGCACAGUCUUAGCCCGGAGUAAACUCGUGGCUCGUAUUGAGACAAUCAAAUCGCACGACAGCUUUCACGCGUCGAAACUCAGUCAGGAUGAUUCAUCCCGGAUGAAUAAUAUGGUUUAUGGGAUUGUUUGGCCCCCUCCCUCCUCCGCCCCUACCCUAUGGGAACGGUUAGAAAUGAGCGGAUUAUUUGAGAGUGAGUACAUUCACAAUCAGUUUAAGACUACACUCACAGCCCUUAUUGACGCCAUUCUUGGCUUUUGA